AUGUAAUGGCAUACUAGAUGUUCUAGAUAUGUCAGAUUCGAUUAUAAAUGARGUUUUAGGCGAUGAYGAUACUACUACUACUACUACUACUACUGCUGCUGGGCAUCCUAUUGUCAUGGUAACAUCAUCUGGGCAAAAUUCUAAAAAUUUGACAAAAAUGGCGGCUGCCGCUAUUCCUACUGCUAUCAAUGUUAAUACAGCUGUUACUGUUGCCACCACCAACACCGCAACCAACUGUCCACCAAUAACGCCAAGUUUUUGGCCUAAAAAUGAAAAAUUUUCCGAUUAUCGAUUGCAAUACAAAUYSCUGAACGUAUCGGAUAUUAAUAAACUAAUCAAUCAAACAUUGGAUAAACAAUGUCAGCUAGCUCGUAUAUUGGGUAAUUGGCUGAAACAMAAUAAACUAGACUAUAUAGCUGAACAAUCCUACARUGAUUGUCAAUUUGAACUUGAUGAUAAUCAACGGGUUAUGCAAACAAUUUCAAAACUGGUCAACCUAGAUGAACGUUUAGAACAUACCAUUAGACAAUUACGUUGGCUAGACUAUAGGACAAUGUUUUUUAUUAAUUCGAUUAAACGUGUUAGAAAUUGUACGUUCGAUGAAAUUGUUAGCUAUGUUAAUAUAUCGGAUGUAAACCAAUUGGUCAAAUUGGUUACCAAUGGUCAUCGGGAAGCAUUGAACGAAUUGGCUAAUGAAGUGGAAUCGGAUCGUCAAAAUGUUGGUAAAAAUUUUUGGAUACAAUUGGAUACACAGACAUUAGAUGAAUAUAAGGUUUUAUACGCCAAUGAGGACAAACAGUUGGCCCAAUUGAMGYCGGAUUCGAUCAAAAUUCCRACAAUGAGACUAAURAUAUUCAAAUUACAAUAUCUAAAUCGUAUCUAUAAAGUUAUACAUGAUUAG